AAUUUCCCGGAAUCUCAAAGCAAAGAAUGCGUGGAAUUUGUGAGCGAAUGUGUGGCCAAUGGAUGGCAUCGCAAGCGUUGGCACAGCAUUACAACUGUCAGUGAAUGCCAGCCAAUGAUCAAUAAAAGUCACAUCAUUUGCCUCAUAGACACACAACACGUCAACGGACACAACACCGGCCAACCGGUGGACACACCGGGAGGCUAUUGGGGGGUCUGUGUGUUUGGCGGCACAGACCCACUCGACGACAAGCAGUAUCUAUCGGCCGGUCAUGUCUGUGAGCCCCGGGACAUGACUCACCCAAACGUGACCAACGGUUCCAGCCUUGAAGACUGUCACACAAACUUCUUCGCUUUGGCCGACUUGUGUGGUAUCAAAUGGCGACGACUGACAUGUGAGAGUUCGUGCUCCGAGCCAUUGGAGGACCCGGUGCUCAGCUCUUAUAGCAAAUGCUUGGCCGCCGAUCAGCUGUGCGUUUGGCGUCGGGUGAAGAGCCAGUCGGACAACGGUCUAAACGGCGGCUCGAAGUUUGGCGCCGACAACAACAACCAGAACGCGUUCGCCAAAGAGCUCUGGGUUUUCUGGUACGGCGAAGAACCCGAUUUCAACGAUCUGGUCAACAGUGAACUGUCAGGUACGGCACCCCAUCUGUACCACCCGUCCCCUCCUCUCCUGUGCCACCGAUUAUCUCAUUAA